AUGUGGCGAGAUACAUCGCUCGACGUCCACCCCAGAAAAUCUACUCUUUACUACUUGUGUGUCAAUUCCUGCGCUUUUCCGUCGUGGCGGAACUAUCGGGUUGUACUGGACGGCAAACCACACGUUGACUCAUUUUUGCCGGAUGAAGAUAUACUAGAAGCCUGUGAUAAUCCUGGCAAACCCAAGGGAGAAUCCAAAACGCCUCGGGCACAAUGCAGGCCCCUUAAAGUACGGUCCCGACAGCGACAGAGGGCCGGUACUCGCGUGAAGUUCCGGAUGCCGAAUCUCAGCGGCCAUAGUGUGGCGGCUCGCACCAUUGAAAUACACACACAUAUGGGACAAGGCAUUUCUGGUUAA